UGUAUGUACCUACCCAAUGUAAAUGAUUAUUCUUUUGUUAAAUUUAAUUUAAGAAAUUUUGCGUCUCUUUGUUUACAUUGAGGAUGUAGGUACCUAAACUAGUUCAAUUUAAUCACCGUGAAUUCGUGACAUAAGUUGUACAAGUGGAAAGUAACGUGAAGUUAUUGCAUUGUCAUCUUUAAUUAUAGACUGAAAGAAAAAUAUAAUUCAACAUGUCUGAAGUGAAGUGUAUAAAAUAUGAUAUAAUCAAAGAAGAUAUCGAUACCACUUUACAUAAAUUAUUAUGGGAUAUACAAUUUGAUCUUAUAAGUGUACCACGAGAGCUGAGGUCUUUUGCUAGGCACAAUGACGUACCAGUGUUUCAGAUGAAGGUUGAAAUUUUCGAAGAAGAUGAUAUUAUUGUUAACAUAUCUUACAUGUAUCCGUGCGAGCGGUACAUAAAGUCUAUUUUAUCUAUGGCCGAGAGAAAUGAGUAUUACGUGAUAUCGACUUCUGGAUACAACAUGAUACAAGCUAACGAAUGGCACCAUUUAAUGACGUUAAAAAGUGAUCAUAUCCAAGUUGAGACAACUGGUAUGGGGCAGUAUCUACUAAUGAAUUUUGAAUUUAAGUUUAAAGUAAUUAACAAUAUUCGUUUUAAAUAUGAGAGUCCAAAUUUAAAAACACGAUACAAUUUUCAAACAUUUUUUAUUACAAGCUUAUUCUCCGAUGUAGUAUUGAUAUCAAAUGAUGGAAAAGAAUUUAAAGUACAUAAAAUAAUGUUAGCUAGCCAAAGUGACGUGUUUUGCGCUCAUAUUUCGCAUGAUACAUGUGAGGCCAUAACAAACACAAUUAAAUCCCCAUUUGACGCCGAAGUAUUGGAAGCUGUACUAUCAUAUAUUUACGGUGAUAAAGUAGUAGGGAUUCAUAAGACAACAGAACAAAUUUUAAUUGCUGCUGAUUUCUAUCAUAUAGAUGGACUUAAAAGUUUAUGUGAGCAAGAAUUGUGCCAAAGAAUUAAUAUAGAAAAUGCAGUAACACUGUUAGAGCUAGCAGAUGCACAUAACGCUGUAAAGUUGAAGAAUGACGCACUAAACUUCAUCAAAGACAAUAGAGCAGAUAUGAUAAUUAAAACAACGGCUUGGGCUGAACUGAAAUCUGUACAUAUUGUUAAAUUGUUGUUUGAGGCAGUUAAAUGUGGGAAAGAGUGUAAUGUCAUAUAUUACGAAUGUGAAUUUGGGACCUUUUUUGUUGCGUAAAUUAUUGUCAAACCGAUCUUAAUAAAGUUUUUGCAUUUUA